AUGCCCUGUGAAAUGACAGAUGCCAUAUUCGACAGGCAGGUGCGUCUGUUUGGGACUGAGACACAAGAGAGGAUUGGUGGCACCACAGUGGUCGUAGCAGGAAGAGCAAACAAGAUCAGUGCUGAGAUCGUGAAGAAUGUGGUGCUGCUGGGAGUGUACGAGGUCAGGACGACUGAGGAGAUUGCAUUGGAGGCAGAGAGGCUGAUUAAGGGCGACCUUGGAACAAUAAACGAAAGAGUGAAGAUAAACAGGAAAUUACGAAAUGACUCAAUUGGAAGGAUGGGCCAUGGUUACGGAAUUGUAGGAAGACUCCUUGACUAUUUCAGGGGUGAAUCCAAGAAUGAUAAAAGUAGCCUGUUUUAUUUUCUGAUUGAUCAGGAUCAUUCUGGAUUGGAUGUUGGAUACUAUUUCGUAUGCUCAGGAUGCAGAACAGCAGUAAAGAACAGCUGUGUGCACCAGUGCAUUCGCAAGGAAGGGGCAGGAGUAGACAAUCGCAUGCUUGAGCUGGCUAAGGACCUCUACGUUGGUGCCACUGUUGUACAGGAAUUCAUCAAAAUUGUGGAUGGGAAACCAGAGACAGCAGCAGCCACAUUUUCAGCCGAUGGCCUAUGA